AUGAUUCAAAGUGCCAAUGUUGGAAUUGGAAUUUCAGGAAUGGAAGGUUUACAAGCUGUCAAUGCUUCAGAUUAUGCAAUUGGCCAAUUUAGAUUCCUCAAACGUUUAUUACUCGUUCAUGGAAGAUGGAACUAUAGAAGAGUUUCCAAGUUGGUGGUUUAUGUUUUCUACAAGAAUAUUCUCUUCUUCUUAACUCAAUUGUGGUUCAAUAUUUAUAAUGGCUAUUCAGGAGCUUCACUUCAUGAUAAUUGGACAAUAGCACUCUAUAACACAAUUUUCACUGGACUUCCAAUUGUUGCCCUCGCAUUUAUGGAUAGAGAUGUACCUGAUUAUAUUGCUGAAAAGUAUCCAGAACUUUAUUUCCAAGGACAAAAAAACAGAUAUUUCAAUGCCAAAAUAUUCAUUUCAUGGAUUGUGAAUGCAGUAUUCCAUUCUACAAUUUGUUUCUUCAUUCCAUACUAUUGUUUAGUGGAUAGCAAAUUCAUUGAUGGACAAGAUAUUGAUACACAAACUAUUGGAAUUGCAGUUUAUUCCUGUGUUCUGGCUGUAACAUUAUUCAAGUUGGCAAUUGAGACAGCCUCUUGGACCAUUGUACAUUGUCUCUUUUAUUUUGGAUUUUAUCUUUCAUUUCCUGCAUUUGUCUUCUCAUACGGAAGUGUUUAUUAUCUAAUCAAGUAUCCUUAUCCUGUCCUUUCUGAAACCUACAGUAUCACACAGAGAUGGAGAAUUUUCCUCUCACCUCAAUUUUAUUUCAUUCUAAUGUUGGUUGCCUUUGCAUGUUGCCUUCGUGAUAUUUUCUGGAAAGGUUUUGUGAGAAUGUAUGAUAGAAAUUUCCUCUAUGAGUUACAAGAAAAAAGAAAACAAAUUAGAAAGGAGAUGCAGUUCAUCAAAUAAGUUUUCAACCUUAGGACUAUGUAAAUGUGAUUUUGGUUGUAAAAUAAAGCACUGAAUUUUAAUGC